AUGAAGUUUCAUUUGUGUUUUUUGUUCCUGCUGGUUGGUUUUUCUACUGCAUUUAUUCCAACAAGACUUCUUACGUUCUUUAGUGGAGCUUGGUCUUCGCUUAAUCACAAAGUUAUAACACAGGCAGGGUUAUGGUGUAGCGUGAUCGAAUUCCUUAAAACAAAUCCAAACUAUGUGAAUAAAAUAAGAGCUGAUGAACUCGCGUCUGUCAACACAGCAAGAUUACUUGAAGGCAGCGUAUCCAGCCGGCUUUUUCGUUUGGUAAAAUCUUCAAAAUUCCAGGAUGCUGUUAAAGAAAUUGAGUACGCUAAUGCAGCUGUUGACAAAAACGAAGCAAAGAAAUCUGCCGCCCAUUUUGACGCUGAGCAGUUUCGUGAAGGGUCAAAACGUCUCAUUCGUUUAAAGAAACAAGUUGUUUCUCUGAUCAAAAUGGCUGACUACACAAAGGCUAGGAAAGACGCUGGUACAUUGCUUCAUACCUUGCAAGACUUUUACAGUCAUUCAAACUGGAUCGAAUCAGGAAACAAUGACCCAUUAUCCAUCUUGGGAGAUGAAAUUAUAAGCGAAAGUAAUAUAGCGGGAACUAACGAAAAAACGUGCAAUGACUGUACCUCAGCGAGUUUCGCACAUCUCCUUGGCCUUGGUACCGACGAUUGUCAGAAUAAUUUACUGAAUACGGGGAAACUAACAAGUGGAUACUACGAUGUAGCUAAACCUGUUGGUGUCGGUAAAUGUAGUCAUGGUGGUAUUUUCGACAAGUCAAGGAAAUUCGAUGCUAAAGGAGGCAUUAAUAAGGAUGCUUCUCUUCGCUAUUUAUCGCCACAUUAUAGGUAGGUUUGGGCAAAUUUACUUAUUGUGCGAUUUUCCUGUUGAUACAUGACAAAGUCCAAACUGUAUCACAACAGAUUUAUGUUCUAAUAGUCUCCCCCAUGCAGUGUAUUUUCUCAGUGAGGGAAAAAUCCUAAGAUAGGUCGAAACUUUUGCCCUGAUGUUAAUUUGAUAACAUAGAGGUUCAGGUUUGACUUCCACUACCGAUACAACUAGCUCUCACUGACUUAGUAUAUACGCAUCUGACUGGUUAAUUGGAUAUGUCGAACGCAUCUGAUUGAUUACUAGUCCCUUAAUUAAUGGCGGCGAGGAAGUCAAAUCCGAACCUCUAGAAUAGUUGUAUUGGAUAUUGAAGCUUGUUAGGAACUUCCAGGCCAUUCAUUCACUAUACGCAUAUUAUCUAUAGGCAGUUUUGUAUGUUUGCCAGGGAAGAUUUCCGUAUUUGGGGGUAACAACGGAGACUUUGGAAUAUUUUAAAUAAUUAUUUCACCCAACACAUGAUCUAAUACAAAAACCAACCACAACAUUUCAAUAUCAUGCAAAUAAAUCUUUUUACUUAAACAGACGACACCAGCCUGCAGCUAGAGUGGCCAUUAAAGCAACAAAAUUGUUCUUCGACAGCAUUCGCAGGGAUGUCGGUGACACCAAAUUUGCUACGUUUCUGAACAUGGAAGCUCUUCGAACCCUUUCGUUUGCCAUUGAUACAUCUGGCAGCAUGAGUGGUAGGUUUUUGUCUCACUAUUCUCGAUAAUUCUCUUUCAUGAUCUGAUAAUUAUUAAAACACUCUCUAAUGAUACUAAAGCAUUGAACUAGGGCCUAUUGUGCCCCCCCCCCCCCAGGAAAAGUCCCUUUUUCCUAAAUCUAUGAACAAACCAGUGAAGAAAAACAAAUAGAUAAACGGAAAGUAAGGUUUAGGCUUUAUUCCUCCUAAAGGUAGGAAGAGUGCAAUUUGAAUACGAAAACACCUUGCACAGAGUCGAAGGUCAGCUAAAUAUUCUAAUUAUAUUGACUUCCACAAAUUCCUUACUCUUCAAGAAAUUACUUCCUUGGAAAUUCCUUCGUUCUAAACAAAGAUGAAGGACUUUGCGAAAGUCUACAGGUCAUGUUAUGCAAGUUUUUAAUGAUUUAGAUUAUUCAAAUAGAUGCAGGUUUAUUAGCAUAUCAUGACCAGUUGUCAUGGCUAGCUUGCCACUGAAUACUGUACAAUAUCAUAUAUAACAAAUGAUAAUAAAUUAUACUUGAAUGAAUCAUUGGAUAUGUAGAGUUUAAUAACAAUUUCAUACAUAGAAAUACUACUAGUAGCCUAUUAAAGUCAGUUUUUGUCCCAAUUAUCGUUUUAAUGGCACCUACAAGGCUACCCCACCACAGAACAACAGAACAAUCUGCCGAUUGGGAGACAAAAUCUAUUUUGUUAGCAUUUUUGUUUAAUAUGUGAUACAUCAGCUUCAUAUGACACCAUUCUUUGUAUAAAUGAUCAAGAUUGUACUCAGUCAGAACUGCAAAACUAUAUAAUAAGAAAGAAAUUGUGAGCAUUAGGGAAAAAAGUCAGAUAACUUUUCAUUCAUAUACAACUGUGUGUUCCAAUUCUGGCAUCAUACUGCUCCAUUGACCUUAUGCAUAAUGAUGUCACAAGGCUUGAUGCCCGCAAGGAAUGUCUUAGUAGUCAUCGCCCGGGAAAAUUAAACAGUUCAAAAUGGCCACUAUCUAAAUUUUCCUGGACCGGGAUGACUACUAAGAUCACCAUUUCUCGGAGGCAUCAAGCCUUGAGACGUCAUUAUGCAUAGGGUCUAUUGAUACACAGUAAAGCCCCGCAUAAAAGAACCAGUAGGUUAUGAACCACUAGCCUGAAAUUUGGAAAAUUUUAAUUAAAAGCACCCAAAAUACAAGUUUUAAAUUUUUUUUAAAGUUUGGAUAUAUGCAUCAAGAACCAUAAUAGUAUCAUAGCAAUAGUUUUAUGCAGAGCUUUAAUUACUGUAUAUCAUAUUCCCAUAAUAACAAUAUUAAUAAUCAUUUUACUGUAUUAUAUAUAUAACUAUUUUUAUUGGCAAUUUUCUAAUUGACAUACAACCUAUAUUUGUAAAAUUUGAUAUACAAUACCUUGUUGGCAUGAUCUUUUGACAGAAUCAGUAUAUAUAUAACUUUAUUAUUGCCAACAUCAACGAUUGCCCAGCUAGCGAGAUCACACUUCGCUAGUAUAAAGUAUAAAAUAUAGCUAGUUCACACAUCCCUAGCAAGUUCGGUACAGGUACAACGAGUUUACAAUUCACUGGCACUGCUGUUUUGAAAAACAUAAUGCCCCUUUUGACUUGAUUUGACCGAAUGAUCGCCAACGAACACACACCAAAAUAUACACCAAGAGGAGAUAGAACUCGAAUUUUUAUAAUGUAUUAAAAACAGACAAUCACGUUCAUUUACAUAUAUAUAUAUAUAUAUGUAUAUACAUAUAUAUAUAUAUAUAUAUAUAUAUAUAUAUAUAUAUAUAUAUAUAUAUAUAUAUAUAUAUAUAUAUAUAUAUAUAUAUAUAUAUAUAUAUAUAUAUAUAUAUAUAUAUAUAGAUAGAUAGAUAGAUAGAUAGAUAUAUCUAUCUAUAGCCUCUAUAUAUAUAUAUUAGUAUUCGAACGUUCAACUAACUAUUUUUACCAACAUAUGCCUUCAAAAAUAUAAUGCUUUCCUCCAAAAUCAAAUAGUAAUAUGGUAAAAUAAGCCUCGUGCAAUGGAAAAAUAUGCGAUACGCCACACGUGGUCUUCGGCCAUUGCUAUCCCCCUCUAAUAAGUAAUGACAAAUUACGGUUAAUAUUUUUUUAAACUUUUUGUGCGUUUUUUCCUUCUUUUAUUUCAAAUACAAGUAUAUUUAGCAUAAAUUUUGGAGCAAAUUUGAAUGCUCAGAAUGCAGGAAAUGGCAUGCAUUUCCGUGCUUCAAAUUUCAAAAAUUUUCUGUGAAGUAUGCCCCAGACCCCCCUAUUCAUGUGUGGUAUGUCGGCAAGACAUGUGACCUUCAGGCCGUUCCUAUCCCUCUCUAAUAUAUUAUCUCACAGAAAGGUCCCUUUUCAAAAAACGCCCCCCCCCCGGGAAAAUGCUUAAAAAGGCCCUGCAUUGUACCCCAACAACUUUUCUAUCUAAUAACCUGUUUAUUAAACACUAGAAGUUACUAUCGCAAGGAAAGUGCUGCCUCAUCCCGCUGUCCAUUAUAUAAGCAUGUAAAGGACCCCUCAGAGCGCUUUCCAUUAACACAGCCAGACUGGUCAGAACGGUAAAAUUGUUGAAAUGAACACAAGACAUUUGGGCUUCGGACCUACCUGACCGGAAAAUUUAGAUAACAUUAGAAUGAGGUCCAUUUUCGCUAGAUAUUUGAGAAACGCAGAUCAGAUCUUUCCAUUGAUACAGAGAAAAGAAUUCGGGUCUCACCGGUCAGGCCAUUAAAUGGAAAGCGCCCUAAGACACUUGUUCAAGAAGUAGGAAAAGCGCAAUUUGAAUUCAAAAACACCUUGCACAAUGUCGAUCCAAGGUCAGCUAAAUAUUCUAAUUCUACUUUCUUGGCAUGGACAGUUUUACACCUUCAAUGUUUAUAAUUUCUUAUUUCUGUAGUAUGUGUAAUUAUAAGUGGCGAAAACUGUUAGUGGUAAAGCUAUAGCCAUAGCACCAGGUCAUGCCUUGAAAGUUUUUAAUGAUUUGCAUUAUUCAAAUAGAUGCAGGUUUAUUAGCCUAGCACGACCAGUUGUUAUGUCUAGCUUGCCACUGAAUACUGUACAAUAUCAUGUAUAACAAAUGAUAAUAAUACUUUAAUGAAUCAUUGGAUAUAUUAUAUGUAGAAUUUAGUAACAAUUCCAUACAUAGAAAUAUUACCAAUAACCAGUUUUUUCCCAAUUAUCGUUUUAAUGGCACCAUCAAGGCUACCACUGCCGCAAACCAACUGAACAACCUGCUGAUGGGGAGACAAAAUCUAUUUUGUUGACAUUUUUGUUUAAUACGUCAGAUUCAGAUGACACCAUUCAUUGUAUAAGUGAUUAAGAUUGUACUCAGUCGGAACUGCAAAACAAUAUAAAUAUAAGAAAGAAAUUGUGAGCAUUAUUGAAAGCAAGUCAGAUAAUUUUUCAUUCGUAUACAAUGGUGUGUUCCAAUGCGGACAUCAUACUGUUCAAUUGACCUUAUGUAUAAUGACAUCACAAGGCUUGAUGUCUGUGAGGAAUGCUGGUCUUAUUAGUCAUUGCCCGGGAAAAUUAAACAAUUCAAAAUGGCAAUUCUCGAAAUUUUCCCUGCUGAUGACUACUAAGACCAGCAUUUUUCACAGGCAUCAAGCCUUGAGACAUCAUUAUGCAUAAGGUCUAUUGAUAUACAGUAAAGCCCCACAUAAAAGAACAAGUAUAGGUUAAGAACCACCAGCCUGAAAUAUGGGCAAUUAAGCACCCAAAAUACAAGUUUUAAAAAGUUUUUAAAGUUUAGAUAUGUGUAACGAGAACCAUAUUAGUGUCGUAGCAAUAGUUGAGAUUAUAUAAGAACCACUUCAGCCUGAAGUCAAAUUUCACUGGUUCCUUUAUGCAGGGCUUUACUGUAUAUCAUAUUCCCAUAACAACAAUAUUAAUAAUCAUUUUACUGUAAUAUAUAACUAUUUUUAUUGGCAAUCCUCUAAUUGACAAACAACCAAUAUAUUUUUAAAAUUUGAUAUACAACACCUUGUUGCCUUGAUCUUUUGACAGAAUCAGUAUACAACUUUAAUAUUGCCAUUGUCAACAACUGACACCCAGCUAGCGAGAUCACACUUCGCUGGUAUAAAGUAUAAAAUAUGGCGAGUUCACACAUCGCUAGCAAGUUUGGUACAGGUACAGCGAGUUCACAAUAUGAACGGCCCCUUUUGAUUUGAUAUGACCAAAAGAUCCCCACGAACAUACACCAAAAUAUACACCUAUUAAUUAAAAGGAGAUAGAAUUCGAAUUUCUAUAAUGUAUUAAAAACAGACUAUCAUGCACGUUCAUUUACAUAUAUAAAAGUAUUCAAACGUUUAAAUAAAUAUUUUUAUCAACAUACGUUUAAAAAUAUAACUCUUUUCCUCCAAAAUCAAAUACCGUCGAUUGCAACUAAGCGGAAACACGUCAUGAAAAAACGCGAUCUAAUUGGACAUGAAACAUAACAUGUUUGGACUUCAAACUUUACAUGAUUUUGCUGCAAACAUUUAACGGUUUACAAUUAUUUUUCGCGCGAAAACGUAAAAAUGUUAGUACAAACAUUGCAAACAAUACGGAAUUUGUCCACUAUAAACGCAAAACUCACAAAUUUACAGCAUGUUAGAACUUCACUAAGGCCUGUUUCAUACGUCGAAUUUAAUUCGGACGAAUUUAAUCACGGAUUUAGUGUUUGCAAGCUAAUCCCCGCCCAAUAUGAAUGUGUUCCUAAAUUUGGAAUAUUGACAAUUGACAGUUGAAACGUAAAUGUUUGCAGUAGAAUCAUGUGAUGUUUGA